UAAUUGUCAAUCAUUUGUGAUUCAUCUAUGGUUGGGUGUGUUUAUUUUUAAUCCACCUGCCUUUUAACAUUUUUGAAAUUUACAAAAUAUUUUACCUAUAAAAUCGAAAUAUGAUUUUAAGGACAAAAAUAUACCCAUUUAUAGUUCUAAUUACAAUAGGUUUAGCUACAGCACAAAAUUUCUGGAAAGUUACAGAUUUUAAUAAGGAUGAACCCAAAGAUGAUAGAGUUAAAAUUGUAUGGUGUACAAUAAGUUAUUACGAACAAGAAAAAUGUUACAGAUUCGGAAAUGUAACUUCUUUAAGAGAUAAUAUAAGUGUAGGGUAUAAAAAGUUCAAUCUUUCUUGCAUCCAAGCAUCAAGUAAGGAAGAAUGUAUGAAAUUAUUAGACGAAGGCAAAGCUACUUUGACAACCCUAGAUGCUGGGGAAAUAUUUGUAGCAGGAAGGUAUCACAGUUUAGUACCUAUAGCACAAGAAGUUCUGGAUGGAAAUCAAACACACUAUUAUUCAGUAGCAGUUGUUCGAAAAGGCACUCUUCCUGACGUUACAAGUUUGAGAGACUUGAGAAACAAAAAAGCUUGUUUCCCAGGUGUACAAACCUUUGCAGGAUGGGCUUUACCAAUAUAUACACUCAUGAAAUAUGGGGGUAUGGAAAUAGCUGACUGCAAUAACCAUGUGAAAAGUGCUAUAGAAUAUUUUGGUCCAAGUUGUGCAGUGAAUUCCUUGUCGGAUAAAUUCAAUCCAAUUGGAGAUAACUCCGACAAACUUUGCAGAAUCUGUAUCGGAAAAAUUCCCGGAGGAAGAUGUACUAACAGCGAUCCUUAUGCUGGUUACGAAGGGGCUUUCAGGUGUUUACUUGAAGCAGGAGAAAUAGCUUUCUUGAAACACACAACUGCCUUAGAGUUGAUUCGGGACCAGUCAUUCAUUGGUCUUGGGGGUCAAGGAUUUGAACUUCUCUGCUUGGAUGGUGCUAGGUAUCCUAUUGAACAAUAUGAAAGCUGUAAUUGGGGAAAAGUCCCAUCUGAUGCCAUAGUUGCUUCAUCGGCAGCUACAUAUGAAGACAGAAAACUUUACCAGAAAUUCUUGAAGAAAGUAUCUAGGUUCUAUUCAUCAACAAACGGCACCUACCUGAACAACUAUAACAACCCAAAUGAAGGUAAUAAUUUCGACCAGUUUGGCAACAGGUUGAAUAAGAGGAAAAGAAGGCAAAAUUUCGAUCCUUACAAUGAAAAUAACCAACAAAAUGGAAGGUACAAUCCAUACGGAUCGGAUCAAUACGAUCAAUCUAGAGUUACUGAUCAGAAUGGAAGACCUGUGGAUCCUCUUGUUAGGGAUCCCUACCUCCUUAACAAGGAUUAUUACGGGCAAAACAUUGAUCCUUAUGAUCAAGAACCUAGGCUUAACCAAAACGGUUAUAAUGAGAACAAAAACUGGAGAGAUGAAUUCUUUGAUGAUAACGCAGUGCAGGACAGUUCCGAUCCCUUCUACAUCUUCAAAUCGCCUAGGGAUGCUCCAAACUUAUUGUUCCAGGAUUCCACAGUCAACAUUUCUGCAGUUCCCGAAAAUCUUCAAACGUACACUAGUUUCUUAGGUCCAAGCUUGGAUAUCAUUAUGGGGGUUAGACAGUGUCCCAUUGUCUCCAUGACUCUUUGUGUUACCUCAGAUGCUGAAUUGGAGAAGUGUAUCAGAAUGAAAACAGCCCUGAAAGCCCAGCUCUUGAAACCGGAAAUGGACUGUUACAAAGGCCAUUCUCACAUACAUUGCAUGCAAGCCAUAAGGGCAGGUACUGCCGAUGUUUCUGUAUUCGAUGCCAGUGACGUUUACACAGCCGGUUUGAAUUAUGACCUUAUACCCUUCAUCGCUGAAGUCUACAAUUUGGACGAUGCCGAAUAUUAUGUUGUUGCCGUAGGAAAAGAGUCUGAUCCUAGUACGGAACUUACCUAUUUGAAAGGGAAAAAUACUUGUCACGGUGGGGUCAACACUGCUGCUGGUUGGGUGUACCCGAUGGCAUUCCUCCUAAGUAAUGGUUGGAUUAGGCCAUAUGGCUGUAACAGUAUCAGAGCGGCUGCUGAAUAUUUCUCCAAGAGCUGUGUUCCGGGAGCUUUGAGUACAGAGUAUAAUAGCGGAUUGCCCUAUGACAAUAUGUGUCAUCUAUGCCAUGGAUCCAGUUUCAGAUAUUGCAGAAGGGACGCCUCCGAAGGCUAUUACGGUCAUACUGGAGCGUUCAGAUGUUUGGUAGAGGGAGGAGGUCAUGUAGCCUUUGUCAAACAUACUACUGUUACAGAAAACACCGGUGGUAAAAAAAGAGAAUGGUGGGCCAGAGAUAACCUUAACGAUGAUUAUGAACUACUCUGUACCGAUGGAACGAGAAAAGAAAUCAACGAUUAUAAAAAGUGCAAUCUUGGUAAAGUUAAGGCUAAUGCCAUCGUUGGUAGAGGAGGUUAUGGUUAUAACAACACAGAAAUAAAUACCUAUAUCAAUUUAUUCCUCUAUGCUCAAACAUUUUAUGGUAGAAAAACCACAGAUGAAUUCAGUUUCAGUAUGUUCAGCUCAGAACCGCCAUUUGCUGACCUUAUUUUCCAGGAUGCAACGACACAACUUAAAGUUAUUGAUCCAGAGAAAAGAUACUUUUCUGCUUACUUAGGACCUGAUUUUAUGAGAGCUAGAAGAAUCGUAGACUGUCACGCAGGUAGUUCAAGCAAUAAUGCGUCUUUCUUCACCCUCGUUGUAUUGACCAUAUUCGCUAUUCUCAUCACGAAAAAUUAGUUGAACACUUUUUUAUGUACAGAAGAAAUGAGUGCCUUUUUGAUAAAUCGUCAACAUGAGAAAUUAUUGAAAAGGAAGAUUAGCCAGUUCGAUAACAUUCCUUAAUAUUUGAAGGAAAUUUUUUCUUCGUAUUUUUGACUAUUUCUUGAUAAGGACUUAUCUGGAAUUCUUGAUUAGAUUUAUAGAAUCUCAGUACCUGUUGUUGAAUUUCAAUAACUACAAGUUAUUUUUUCGCUCCUGAUUUAUUGUUGGAGGUGUUCAUAGUUGAUAAUUUUUCCCGAUUAAUUCUAACUAAAAAGAAUUUUUUCUUGAUGAUAUUUUUCAGUUUCUGGAUUUGGAUUUUAUCGUUAAGUACAAGUAAAAACAUAUUGAAAUAGGUUUUAUAUUUAGGAAUAUUAUUUGUGUCCCAAUCGAAGCUAAAUUCGUAUAAUU